AUGUACAGCUUACCGAGUGUGUCUGUCCGCUCAACUCCGGCCCUUAUGACUUCAGUUGACAGUUGCAACCGCUCUCCGCAGUGUCGACGGCCUUCCCUGACGCCACGCCACACAUGUAACGCGGUGUUUGCUGGAACGCAGGCACACGGUGAGCGAAAAGACAGACGCUUGAUGGUGCUUGCCCCACCAAAGGAAUCAGAUGGGCCGCGUUGUAUCCGGCUUGCGCCAAAUGGAACGUUAGGAUCUGUUCAUUUUGAAUCUACGAAUGCUACCGGGAACCGGGACACUGCAGCAGGCGAGGAAGGUUUGGAUGAAAGCGGAGCGUACUCCCAAAGUUCGGAUGUGCCACCGCUCGAAGAGCAACUUUGUUUGGAGGACCUGCAGCGGCUCAUGCUGGUCUUCUCUUCCACUCCCAGUUUACCCCCCGUCAAUGACGAUGCUUCUUUUGAGAGGAUGACUGAUUUUCGUCGCUGCGGCGCUGCUCUUCCCAGUCAGGCCAAUUCUAGUUGCACGAACACGGAAACAAACGUAAAAGAGGAUCAAUCACAGGGUGAGCAAGCGGCAUCUGUAGAGGAGAACGUGGGAAAGGCAGGGUCACUUGUGCCCAAGCGCUCUUUUAUCGUAGAAAGAAGAAACAAACCUCGCGGUGCCUUGACGGUUAACUCGCGCAGUGGGCUAAAGUUCGUGUUUGAGAAUAAAGAAGAGCUGCAGCGAGUCCUUACACAGGCUUGGGACUGCAACCAAAACUUUGACAGAACAUACUCCCGCGCUCUCAGUGAGGACGAGUUUUCUCAGGCGGUCAGGCGCUUAGUGCCCGCUGCGGGGGAUGACGAGAUUAUGGACCUGAUGAAGAGGGUAGACUACGAGGCGAAGGGAACUAUCAGUUGGGAUGAUUUUGCUACUUUUCUGGUUUCUCAAGGGAGACACCACUCCAACCUUUCCCAGGGGACAUUUGGUGAGUUUAGCAACGUGCCUGAUCCGGAAUCUUGUUUCCCGUCUCAGCAGCACGUGAAUGGUACGUGCAUGGAGGCAGAUGGGCAGCGUAAUAUCUUACUUACAGGUGGAUCGGAGGGGACCGUGCGCGCAUGGAACCUUAAUACACUCGCUAGCUGUGGUGUUGUCUUCAGUGGGGACUGUUGGGUUGUCGGCGUUCAUUGGGCAAAUCAUAUUCAGGGCAUUAUAAUUGUAACGAUGGAUCGGCGGGUGAUGAUUCUGGACUCCAAAACCCUGGAGGUCCGGCGCCUGUUUCGUGGUCGCCCGGUUGUAGACACAUUCGAGGGUUAUAUGUAUGCACACGACAGUGUGGAGACGGUCCGAGUUGGGGCAUCGGUGGGGUCAAAGUCGGGGAAGUUAGGUAACCGCAACGGUGGCCUACCUGGGCGUCCAUCGCAGAGGAAGAAAGAUGUUGAUGGCAGCGGGAAGCCAAAACCAGCGCCAGGGACAGGCAACAUGUUUGGGGGUACCGCUAAAGGUUCUUGUGUGCAGUGCCACGUCGAGGAGUGCACCUUUGCUGGUUUAGUGGAUGCUGUGACUUGUUCUCUUUACCACCGCACGGCGUCAAACGAGGAUAUGCUGCUUUUGGCCACGGCAGGAGGGGAGGUGCGAUUCUACUCAAUUCCACGGACAACAAAGCGGGUUGUCACACCUCAUGUUGUCCUCUUGUUACACGAGAAGCGGAUUAACAAGAUGAGCAUCUUUUACAACUCCAAUGCAUUACUAACUGCUUCCGAUGAUGGUUAUGUCAAAAUGACUUCAUUUGACACGGGCGGGAUGCUGCGGACGUUUCCCACCUCUGGCCCGUCACCACACGCGGCGGUACACGACUUCGACAUCAAUCCAAAUCUGAGAAUGCUUGUUACAGUGGGACCAGAACGCCACGGCAUUGUCUGGGAUCUCUCCCUCGACGUACCGAUGGCCACACUUGAUUCCCACAACGGCCCAUGUCGAUGCUGUGCGAUGCAACUUGAUCAGAGACAAAUUGUGACGGUUGGGGCUGAUGGGGUCAUAUUUAUUUUUGAAGCACAAGGUUUUCGCCUAAUACAAAUCAUUGGAGUUGACCGCCUUCAUCCCCAGCGUGUAGUCUCCGACCCACUGAGAAAGCGUAUCAUAUGCCUUGCUGCGUUUCCCUAUUCUCACGGUCGGAACCGAAACAUGGCUUUGGCUUACUCCUCUAAAUAUAAGGGUCACAUGGCUCCAAUGGUGGGAGUUAUGUAUAGUGCCAUCCAUGAUUUGAUAAUUACCGUCGACUCAGAGGGUUUGGUCAUGACUUGGAAGCGAGCUACUGGUGGCUCCUCAUUCACCUUUCAGAUCAAAGAGUUCUCGGACUCUGCUGUUAUGAAUGCGGCCAGGCUCACAUGUUUUGCCCUCGACAAACUUGAGCGUCGGCUUCUAACGGGGUUUAAUAAUGGGGCCGCAGCAGUAUGGAAUUUAAUGAACGGGCAGACAACAAACGUUAUCACGGCUGCUGCGGAGGGCACCCAGCCUAGCACCGUUGCUCCUGGCGUGACUGCGCUUGGUACACUUAUGCGUGAAGGUCUUACCUUUUUUAUCUUUGCUGCGGGAGGGUGUCUUUAUUCUACAAGGGAGUCCAGCACAUUUACUAUUGCAAGCGCGUCGAAAUGGGAGGUUCCAGCGCAUUUCGGAGAAGUUCUUCAUAUAAUGGCCGUAUCGCCGCACUGCAUUGUUUGCGGUACCUCUUACGGUGCGCUGUUUUUCUAUCGCGUUUUGGCUGAGCGGCAGGAAGGCUCUGUUUUGUGGGUGAUGGAAACUGUCGACAUGUUGGCACGCUCGACUUGUAAUGUUUCUGAAGCACGGCGUGGCGAACAACCUAGCACCGCCACCACUUCGCGCAUCGUUAAGAUAUUUCCUCUGCGUACUGUCGGUGAACAUAUCCUAAUGUCUGUUCACGCAGACGGCACUGUAGCUCUGUGGCACACACUGCGGCGUACAAUGAUGGGGGUUGUAAGCUUGCGAUCUGCUUUUCCCGUAAAGGGCCUUGAAGUGGGUCUGACGCACGCAGCAGCGGACACCGGUGGACAGUACUUCGUGUUUUCAGAUGAGCAGGGUAACAUUCAUGUGUGCAGUAUUCUGCUGCGCGAGACACGCGACGAUGCCUCCAUGUUUGAGACGUGUGUCACUUUGGUGCACGAUGAUGAUAAGAAACCUACUGUCAGUUGGCCGGGAUCCCCUUUUUGUACUGACGGAGUUCCACCUGUUUUCGGGCCAAUGGACGGCGUAACAUGUGGGGGGGAUGAUGCUGCGAACUCCUCUGGGGAGGUAAAGCAGCAAACUGGGUCUUUGCGACCAAGAUCACUGGACACAGAGAAGACCCUCUAUACGUUUAGCCGAUUCCGCCGUGAAUACGUGUUUCAUUGUGGGUUUAAUGCGGUGACUGGUCUUGCCCUGGUGGAUGACCCCAAGGAGAUCACUGUGCGGACAUAUGGGCAGGAACCAGAGGAGGCUGCAGGGCAGGACGUUGGAGAGGAGGAUUGUUCUGAUAUCGGUGGGUUGCAUCUUGGAGCCUCAACCAGCUCUCUUUGUGACGUUGACAGCACGCAGAAUUUGCUUUUACCCUCUGUAGAUCUCUCGUCCACAAUGAUGAUCACAGUGUCUUCCGGAGUAGAUAACCUCACCAGGGUGUUCAUGUUAGAUGGUUUAAUAGUUGGUGAGUGUGGGAUGAACACGUGGGUCGCGGGGAAGGAGUCAACGUACCAGUUUCUUAGUGUCAAACCGUCUAGGAGGCUACCUCCUCACUCCUGCAGUGCCGAUCCUAUAAAUUUUCUGGCAGAAGCCUUGUCGUCGGAUAAGGCUGGCGCCUCAAAGCAGAUGCGCAGCAACUGGAAUUCAAGGGGAGGCGUUCCCCGGUCCGACUGCCAAACUGGACAAGACAAUGCUGCAUCGGUUAUAUGUGAGGCUGGGUUGCCUACCUUUCAGAAUAUUGGUGUAGCAUUGGUAGAUAGUGCUGGUGGUGAGCGCACCCCGAUGGUCCAAUUAAGCAGUGAUCCUGUCGAACGGGAGCCAUCGGUAAAACCGCAGCAACAAAGCUGUCAGAUACAGGGAGAAGAACCAGGCUCUGAUAAAGUGCAGGGGGCUGCAUCACCAAGGGCGCUUUCCACUUUUAUGAGGCCGCAACGAUCCCGUGAAGCGAUGCUCAAGGGUCUGGUGAAACCCAAAUUUAUUAAUGCCUUACGCGGAAUACCAGUGGAGGAAGGAGGGGAGGAGUUGGCGUCCUUCAUUAUUAGCCCGGUGUCAAGAAGCGGUGGGAAGAAGCAGCACCGAGCUGACCAGGCGAGUGAGCACUCACACACCCUUUAUUCAAGAAAUGGAAGCGCCAUUAACCAAACGCCUGCUUCAGUGCGCCACGCAACAGAGUUAAGUGUCUCAGAAGUGCAGCAAAGCGGGGCGCAGGAUGGUCGGCCAGUGCCUUCGCAACCCGCCCUUGCGGCUGGGCUCCCCACUCCGCACCAGGCAAGCCGCCAGCUGAGAACUCACUCGUGGGCAGUCCAGGGACGAAGGUGUCCUACAACUUCGCACGACGUAGACACGACACCUGCACUCACUAAGACACACGCGGGACCCCACCAAUCGUCUGGUGGUGGAGUUAAUAACGUCUCGUUGGAGGGGGACACAUCACCCCGUGGGGCUCUGCACGAGCAUAUCGAUUCGCGGCGUCGGCAUUUGCUUUCGCUUGGGUGUAAGGACCCUGUGGUCCUUGCAGUGCCUUGUACUACAAACACCAACACCAAGGGGGAAUCUACAGCGGUGAGUGGAUCUGAUCGUAAACGUAACACGGCUUCUGGUUCAACUGCUCUGUUACGUCGAAUACAGGGUAACUCUAUUUUAGAGGCGAGGUCUCGUGUUGCGCAGAUAACUUCCAGGCUAUUGAUGGCGCCCGUUGAAGAAAUUGUGCCACCAAAGGGAACACGCGUUAAGGAGCAGACAACCGCAUGGAAGAAUGUGGUUAAGAACGCAACCAGCGCCUCACAACAAUAA